AUGGAAGAAGCAGAGAUCAAGACCGCGAGUCGGAAGCGCGACGCUGACGCUAUUGAGGCGCCAGAAAACAAGUCAGAUAAGGCGACAGAUUCAGAGUCUUCAGGACAGACAAACCCUCAGUCUACUGGUCAAGCAGACCCACAGCCAGCCGGACAGACCGACUCACAAUGUACAACCCAGUUAUCCGACAAUCUGGAAACAGUUCUUCAAGAAGAACUCAGCAACCAGUUUCUCCAGCCGGUUCAAAAGAAGCCGCGAACGUCGUCAGACAUCCCGUUUUCGCGCUUCUCUUCUCCGCACGACUUUCACCAUGUUCUGAACGACUGGGCCAUGCAGUCGAAUUUCGCCUUUACCACGGGCAAGGAACGCAACUCAGACAGAUCAAUUGCCAUCACUUAUACAUGUUGUCGAUCGAAUGUGGAUGGGAAGGCUUGUACGUUCGAAGUCCGGGGAAAAAAACGCAAAGACGAGGACUUUUGGACCCUUCAUAAGGUGGACGUGAAAGGAACAGGCCAUAACCAUCCUACAGGAGACGAAGAACUUUCAGCAGACCAACAAAGUCUAGUUGAUUUGGCUGAACGACAGCGACUGUGUGACAUUCCCUCUUUCUACCAUUCGUCUCUACCUCCGCGGUUUGUAGCCUAUUCUUCGUCAGAUGCUCUGUAUACAGGUCUCAACGACUGGGCUCGUCACCAGGGCUUUUUCUUCAGACUGGGCACCAACUGGGCGACGAAAUCGGGCAAUGAGAACCAGACGUAUUACUGUGGUAUCUCUGGGUGCUCAUAUUCCAUCACAGGUAUCAGAUUGGCAGGCCAGAAGUCGUGGGCCAUCCGAUCGUACAAUGCUCGUCACGUGGAACACAAUCACGAGGGAGCCAGUGUCAAGAACAGAGAGCAGGUCACUCCCGUGUCUCUGCCACCCAUAGCUGACAAGUACGCUUCGUUUUCGGCUCUCCACGAAGCUCUCAACGGUUGGUCUGUGACCAAGAACUUUGCUUUCAAGACCGGGACUUCUUCCACAGGUCACACCAACGGACUGGUGAGCAAGUACAUGGUGUGUUGUAUGGCCAGCGAUACCGGCGAUCCCUGUGAGUACAGCAUUAUCGUCAAAGAAGCCAAGGAUGGGACGUGGGCUGUCAGCCAGGCCAUCAAGGCGAGAAAGGAGCAUAACCAUAGCCUGGAGGACGAGUUGACAGGCCAACAACAGCUUCUUUUGGAGGCGGCAGAGACUCGGAGGAUUAUUCAGAUGCCAGAAUAUGCGCCUGAGCAUCUUCCGUCGAGAACAGUAACUUUUCCAGACCGAGAGAAGCUGUUUCUCCACCUGGAAAAGUUUGCCAAGGCCCGAAACUUCAGGUUUGCAAUCAAGCGGAGCAAGAAGGAGAAGAAUGGCCGGCUGCUGGUGAAUUACGAGUGUGCAAAAACCAGAAAGAGUGCUACAAAGUGUCCCUAUCACGUGUAUGCUCGGGAAAACAAGGACGGGGUCUGGAGUGUGUCGUACCCGUACAAUUUGAAGAAUGAGCAUAAUCACGACUUGACCGUUUGA